CAGGUUUGCCGACAUUGAUUCCAGGUGUUUUGAAGGGAUAAGGCGGAGGGCUCCAUGAGAGUAUCGCGCUUUACUUGAAAACAAGUAUAAUGCUCAAAGUUUUCAACUGUACACGCAGGUUUCAGGUGCGGGUGUAUAUGGAACUCAUGGCGUAUACAUUCUAGACCUAGCACUAGCCUAUUUUAUGGAAUGUUUGGCGUCUUCGUUCCUUCGAAAAGGAAACAUUCUACUGCAAAUUCGCUUACCUUUUGUAUUGUGGUCAUCUUCGAAAAGUACCCUACAAACUUAUCGAAAGGCGUUUCAUUUCUGAUACGACACUAUUUAUUUUUCUGAAUGGAAACUGAACCAUUGCUCACUGGAAGCACGGACCAAAGAUCCGUAGACUACGGCUUUCGUUCUGGUAAUCCUCCAAAAGCAAGGCGGCUGUCAUACUCAGCGACUGGACAUUCCUGCUAUGUCGACUGGGGAGAUGAGGCACUUUCCAUCCAGCAAGCUGUUGUUUUCAUUGAGGAUGCCAUACAGUAUCGUUCCAUCAAUCAUCGAGUGGAUUCAAGAUCCCUCUGGCUUUACAGAUGGUACUACUCCAGGAUCUACCAAUGGGGCCUGGGUGCAGUUAUCGCCCUCAUCCUGGCCUUAGCCUUCAUCGAGAAACCCUCUUCACUGACUGCCACGUCUGACCCCCGCUACAAACUGCCCCACUGGGAGCCUCCAUGUGGCCUGACCGAGAGCAUUGAGAUGGUGUGCUUCAUGGUCUUCGCCCUUGACCUCACUCUGAAGAUUUAUUUGAUUGGCUGGGAUGAGUUCCGAAAGAACAAAUGGCUGAUUGGCUACAUGGUGGUCCUUGCAGGAAGUGUCAUUGAUUGGACCUUGUCACUGAGCAUGUUUUGCGAAGAGCAUUUGAGAAUCAGACGACUUCUUCGUCCCUUCUUUCUCCUUCAAAAUUCAUCAUUGAUGAAGAAAACCUUGAAAUGCAUCAAAAGGACAUUGCCAGAAAUUGCAAGUGUUAUCCUUCUCCUGGCCCUGCACUUGUGUCUCUUCACCAUGUUUGGCAUGCUACUUUUCUCCAAGGGAGAGGAUCCAGAAAAGAAUGAAGAAUGGAGGAUCUAUUUCAGAAACUUCCCUCAGUCUCUGACAUCUUUACUUGUGCUUCUAACCACUGCAAAUAAUCCUGAUGUGAUGAUACCAGCCUACUCUUUAAACAGAGGGUAUUCCAUCUUCUUCAUUCUCUUCAGUGGCUUUGGAACCUAUUUUUUAAUGAACCUGCUGACUGCAAUCAUAUACAACCAAUUCAGGGGAUACUUACUGAUGUCCGUCCAGACGUCCAUCUUGAGGAGGAGGCUGGGGAUCCGGGCGGCCUUUGAGGUGCUGUGUUCCUCAGCUCAGGGAGCGUCCUGCUCUGCAGAGAACGAGACGGGUGUGAAGGUGGAGACGGUCCUGCAGGUGAUGCGCUUGGUGCAAAUGAAGUCCUACUACAGACGGGCUGUUGUCACGAAAGCCCAGCAGCUCUCUGGAGGCUCCAUCACCAGGGAGGCCUUUCAGAUAUUGUUUGAUGAGCUGGACAAGGACAGGAUUGAAGAGCAUCCUCCACUGCCAGAGUACAGCUCUCCUUUCCUGCAGAAACUCCAGUUCAUCUUUAGCCAUUACUAUGUGACCGUGGUGGGGAACCUCAUUGCCCUGGCCAACAUGCUGUGCAUUUGUGUCUUACUCUUGGUGGAGUCAGAUAAGCCUGUCUCAGAAAGGGAUGACUAUGUGUUUGAGGUCGUCAACUGUUUCUUCAUUGUACUGUAUCUGCUUGAGAUGCUACUGAAGAUAUUUGCAUUCGGAUGGAGGGGCUACGUUUCAUACAGAAAUAAUAUAUUUGAUGGCUUGAUGACAAUCAUCCUUCUGGUUCUCCAGAUCUCCAUAUUUUCCACAUACAAAUAUCCAUAUCCUCACUGGCUUUCGCUGUGGGAAAUGGUUCGCCUGGUCAACAUGCUCAUCAUCUUUCGCUUCCUCAGGGUCAUCCCCACCAUCAAGCUGAUGUCCCUCGUUGCCAGCACUCUGGUGGAUCUGGUGAAAAACCUCAGAGCUUUUGCUGGAAUUUUAGUGGUGGUGUACUACAUCUUUGCUGUCCUUGGAAUCUGGCUAUUCGAGGGAGCAAUCCCAGCUCCAGGGAAUGCGAGCCUGAUCACCAAUUCCAGCACUGCCAACUUCAGCAUGGAGUGUGGAACAUACGAGCAACUAGGCUACUGGCCUAACAACUUUGAUGACUUUGCUUCCACACUGGUGCUUCUCUACAACAUCAUGGUAGUGAACAACUGGCAGGUAUUCAUAGACGCCUACUCCAGAUACACUACCAGGUGGUCAAUGCUCUACUUCGUGUCCUGGUGGCUUACCUCAUCAGUCAUGUGGGUGAACCUGUUUGUGGCUUUAAUCUUGGAGAGCUUCAUCUAUAAGUGGGACCGGAGCCAUACCAGUUCUGCCUCGGAGAUGGAGAACACGAGGUUGCAGACGACAGUCCAGCUAAUGUUCAGAGAACACAUACAAGAGCCCACAGAGGAGGAACUAAUGUCCCAGCUACACCAACACCCCCACCUAAAUAUUAACCAGUGACAACAAUCUGCACCUCACCUCACCACCAAAACGCGCUCCAUCUCUGCUCCACACUGCUCUCCCACGCAAAAUGGAAAGUGCAUUUUGUGUAAUGGUGAGAGGUACAGUAUCAAACGGCUCAUGACUGCAAUCACCAGUCAUGUGUCAUGAACACCAGUCCUGAGUCGCCACAUGUGGCCUCCUAAGCCGAGUGGUUAUGUGAACUAGUUUAAAAUUUAUUUGCUGUACUAUAGUGCACUUUAUUCUGUUUUAUUUUUUAAUCAAAUGUUGACAAAUGACAUGUGUAUGCCUAUUUGAUAACAUUAUAUUUACCUGUGCCAUGAACCAAAGCCUCAGGUGCAAACUGUAUUUAAGAAAUGUGCUUUGAUAUGCAUAAACGGGCUACUCAGUUUCGGCUUCUGUCAACAUUUGUCUUUUACUUUGACUUACAAGUAAAACGCAUGACACUUUUUCUUCAAUCUCAGCUGGAUGACUUAGUUUUAAUGAUUACUGAACUUGCUUGCUGUGAUGAAAAAAAAAUGAAUGGUUACAGUCAAGGACACAUUUUGAUUGAAUCCCAGCUAUAGUUUGUCAUGUGAUAAUAUAGCCAUCAAUCCACAUAGUUCCCUAAUAUUUAAAUGUCAGACUGGCUUAAUACAGAAUGUUUUAUUUUGCUUGCUAUGGUUUUAUUUGCAAUAUUGUUUUAUUGGACGUGGAUUUUACAACAAUGUUAAGCCUUUCUUUUUGUGAUGAUGACACACUGUUUAAAGAAGGGAAGUCUUUUAAGAGUGAAGUUUCAAAAGAAGCAAGAUGCACAAGUUCUAAGGUAUUAAUUUCAUUUGACUACAUUUGAAUUCAUUCUUUCUUACUUCUGAUGGUCGAGUGAGUUCCAGAGUUUUCAGUGUGGUAAAAGGUACUCAUGUUGACUGCAUUAUCUGUUAUCUGUUGUGUUGUUUGUCUGUUGUGAAUACUGCUUUUCCUGGAUGUAUAUGUUCCUAAAGUAUAUGCCUUUUGCUUUUUUUUGUAGAAAGCAUCGUGGUGGUUCCCUAGGUAUCUGUUCAAAAAUGAUUUUAUAUUAACUGUU